CAUUCAGGGGCAGACUGAAAGGGAGGGGAAGAAAGAGAGGGAGAGAAAAAGGAAGCAGUCUGCUAUACAUUUUUUUUCUCCACACACUGAAACUUUCAAAAAGAGAAAAGACGAUAAGAGCUGGUGAGGAUCAACCGAUUGGGAAUGAGAGCGAGAGAUAAAGAAAUAGGGAGGAAUAACACUAACCUGUCACUGAGUAUACUGCACAACUGAUGAGAACAUCAAAUAUUACGUGUUUGAGGCCUUGGGGCCUUCAUUGACCAAGGAGGGAGAGCAGGUGGGCACUUCUGGUCCUGGAGGGUUGCAGUGUGUACAGGCUUUUAUUCCAACCCUCAGAGCCCUGACAGAGAGAGAGAGAGAGCAUGUCUUCUAACUUGGACUCCAGUCUAACCAGCAUAGACUGGCUCCCCCAGCUGGGAAUCAGCUCACUGCAAUCAGGAAGAGAGAGAGGAGGAGAAGAGGGGGAGAGAAAGAAAGAGAGAGGGAGAGAGAGAAGUGAUCUUCCUCCCCCCAUCCCUGCCCCCUUUCCUUCCUCUGGAUCCAAAGCCAAGCCCCCUCACAGCUAUGCCACCCUCAUCGCUAUGGCGAUAGGCGCAGCCCCCGGCAGGAAGUUGAGUUUGAAUGACAUCUACAUGUGGAUAAGUGACAUGUUCCCCUACUACAGCAGAUCUGGCAGGGGAUGGAAGAACUCCAUCCGCCAUAACCUGUCCCUCAAUAAAUGCUUCCGGAAGGUUCCUCGACCCCAAAGUGACCCUGGGAAGGGUUCCUAUUGGAUGAUGGACGGCCCCUCAGAGCCCAAUCCGCUGAAAGGAACCAAGCGUCCGUAUCCAGCUGAAGAGGAGGAGGGGUCCAUCCAGGUCCCCAAUGUCUCAGUGAUGCAGGCAGAGAAACAGCAUUCACCCCAGACAGACCAUUAUAGGCCUUUAGCAUCUCCACAGACAGACCAUUAUACGCCUUUAGCAUCUCCACAGACAGAUCAUUAUACGCCUUUAGCAUCUCCACAGACAGAUCGUUAUACGCCUUUAGCAUCUCCACAGACAGACCAUUAUAGGCCUUUAGCAUCUCCACAGACAGACCAUUAUAGGCCUUUAGCAUCUCCACAGACAGACCAUUAUACGCCUUUAGCAUCUCCACAGACAGACCAUUAUACGCCUUUAGCAUCUCCACAGACAGACCAUUAUACGCCUUUAGCAUCUCCACAGACAGACCAUUAUACGCCUUUAGCAUCGCCACAGACAGACCAUUAUAUGCCUUUAGCAUCGCCACAGACAGACCAUUAUAGGCCUUUAGCAUCUCCACAGACAGACCAUUAUAGGCCUUUAGCAUCUACACAGACAGACCAUUAUAUGCCUUUAGCAUCGCCACAGACAGACCAUUAUAGGCCUUUAGCAUCUCCACAGACAGACCAUUAUAGGCCUUUAGCAUCGCCACAGGAACCCAGUCAACAACUAUCCCCCCCACCAUGCAAGGUAGAGUAAGUUCAGUCCCAACAAAUGUAUCCAGUAGAUUGAUAAAGAUCAUGGGUUUUACAACCAAAUAAUAAGCUGUUGUCUAUCACCUUGGUUCCACAGCAACGGCCACCCUAUAUGCAGUCCCCUGUCUCCUCUCUCCCUGUCCCCCAUGAGACUGUCUCCCCAUCUACUGCCUCUGCUACUCUCCCCUCUCUUUCUAUCCCUCACUCUCUCCCCUCUUUUUCUAUCCCUCACUCUCUCCUCUCUCUUUCUGUCCCUCACUCUCUCCCCUCUCUUUCUACCUCUCACUCUACUGUCUCAUCUUCUGUCUCCCCUCAAACUCUCCCUUCUUCUGUUCCCGCUCUCUCUGUUCCCACUCUCUCUGUUCCCGCUUUCUCUGUUCCCUCUCUUUCUGUCCCAUCUCUUAAUGUUGCCCCCACCUACGAAUCGUCACACUCCUGUGAUCCCCUUCUCCAUUUCUCCUUCUCUGAUCUGAAUCUGCCAGACCUCUACACCUCCUUCCAGUCCCUCUGCAGAAGCGUCAGGGAGAGAGUGGCCUCGCAAUCGGACGUGGGUCCCUUAUUUGUGUUGACCAAUGACAGUACCCCACUGCACACCCCAACCCUCCCCCCUCUCUCCCCUCACCCUGUACCCUCUGUAGCACCCGGGCCUCCUCCUGAGGCAGACAGACUGUCUCACAGCAGUGUGGUGCCAGCAGACUGGUUCAGUACUACAGACACUCUGAAGGAGAGCUUUAGGGUCGCCAGCAGUCUGGACUGGGCCAACAUUGACCUCACUAGCCACCCAGACCUCUUGGAGAGCAUGCGCCAGGCCGAGCUCUGUGAUUGGGCGCUGGAGCCGACGCUCUUCACUUCACUCUGUGACUCGUUGAACCGUUUCUUCACUCAGAAGGGCCUAAUUGGCUCGUCCUCCGGUAACAACUCCCCAUUGGCCCAUGGUGCCCCUCAAUCUCUGCUCCUCCCACCCCUUACUCACAACACCCCCACCCUGGCCACCCUAACCCACCCCUCUCCCCUGGCCCCCCCCUCCAGCAGUGGUCAGCCCCCCAGGAGGCCCCUCCACCCCCAAACUCAGGGUGUACAGAGGCCCCACCUGACCCAACCUGGAGCUCCUCAGACCAAUGCUGGGAUCCAACUUCAACCUAAACCCCGUCCCCCUAUGAAACAUCUCCAUAACAACAGCGAGGAGAUCCAAGAUGACUUUGACUGGGACUCUCUGAUCGCCUGACAGAGUGGAUUCUGUUUGCCCCACGAUUCCAUUCAGGAAGUCUACUGGAUCAGUGCUGCCCGCUGGCACAGAUCUAGGAUCAGCUUACUCUCCCCAAAACGAACCUGGACCACUGGGAGGAAACAUGCAAAACUGAACAUAGAUCAGUAUCUAGGGGAAACUUCCUCCUACUCCGAGGGGCCUCCCAUACAAAACACUACACCCUAUAUUCAGCUGCCUCACCACACACGCUACUCUUCACAGUGAGGAUGGUCAUUGGUACAUUAUGACUGAAUGCAGUAUUGCUAUAGCGAAAUGGUUGAAAGUUUUUUGGUUCCUAUUUUCCUUAUUUUCUGCAAUUGUAUCCCUAUCUGGAAGUCUUCACAGAAGCUUCUGGACAUGCAUAUAUGCUCCAACUGACAGAGGAGACUUCAUAUGUUAAUAAAAUACUAUAAAAUGAA